AUGUCGUCGGUUUCAAUAUAUGCCUCCAUCAGCAACAGCGAUGGUGUUUACAAACACUGGGGUGUGUUCAUCAAUGCGCCCCGAGACGAAGACAAAGUUUUGCUCCAAGUGACGGGAUCAGAUGGUCGGUUCCGCUAUGAGCUGGAAACAAGAGAUGUCCGACAAUCGGAAAAACUGGUGGAGUUGCUUCCUCUCUAUGAUGUGGACGUCGCCAAAACCAACACUAUCAAGACUGUCGCUAGUCAAGUCACCGUUCACAAUGAGAUUCGGGGGUGGAAUUGCCAAGACUACGUGCUUGAUCUUCUGGAGGCGCUAGAAAAGGAAGCGAUAGUGAAUAGCAAAGACGAAAGUUACAAGAAGCAGAAGGAUUUGCUUCAUGGGAAGCAGGAAGGACUGGCAUAG